AUGUUAUUUCAGUCUCUAAGCCCGAAGGACCUCAUUGCCCAGAAACUGCAUAUUUGUGCCAAUUCAUGGCAUCUGAAGCAAGUCCAUGGCCACAUGAUCACCUCUGGAAUCCACGAAAGCACCUGGCUUUUGGCCAAGGCCGUUGCUCUCCCUACCAUGGAUUCCGGCCACUAUUUAAAUCAGAUUUUUGAGAGGAUUUCUAGUCCUCCUAUUUCGUCUUGGAACUCCAUGAUCAGAACUUCUGCAAUGGACUCUAAUGGCAAAGAAGCCCUUCUCAUUUUUCGGCAAAUGAAACGAACCAAUGUUGAACCAGACAAUUUAACAUUCCCUGUUGUUGCCAAAGCCUGUGGCCUUCUCUGUAACCUAUACAAUGGGCUUCUCAUUCAUGCCCACGUAUUAAAAUCAAGGUUUUCUUCUGAUAUUUUUGUCCAGACAGCUUUGGUAGACAUGUAUGUGAAAUGUCAUGAUCUUCAUAGUGCUCGCCUACUGUUUGAUAGAAUGACUGAGAGAGAUACUGUUUCAUGGAACUCCAUAAUUGGAGCUUAUUCUAAACUUGGUGGUUUGGCUGAAGCUUUUCUUCUGUUUCAGCAACUACAACUAGAUGCUUACUGUAAACCCGAUUCCAUUACGAUAGUGAGCCUAUUGCAGUCGUGCACAAUGGAUGGAAAUUUACAGGCCGGAAAAUGUGUGCAUUGUAUGGGAAUUAAGGCUGGGACCGUUUUGCCCAUGCCUGCUUUCAACACCCUUAUAUCCAUGUAUGCGAGAUGCAAUGAUAUAGAGUCGGCUGAGCUUCUCUUUAAUGGAAUGCCUGAAAAUGUUCGUGACGUCGUCACAUGGAAUUCUAUGAUAAGUGGGUUUUGUGAGCUUGGCAAGUUUUUAGAAGCUUUAAUGGUUUUUAGGCAAAUGGGUAUGGCUGGCAUGUACCCAGAUCUUAGCACCAUGCUGAGCUUGUUGUGUAUCUGUUCUGGUUUAGGAUUGCUCCCACUAGGGAAAGCCAUCCAUGGAUUUGGAUUAAAAUCCUCUUUGGAUUCAAAUAUUUCAGCCUGCAAUUCCCUUAUUGCUAUGUACUCCAAGUGUAAGGAUAUUGGGUCAGCUCGUUUCUUAUUUGAUAAUCUUCCCAAAAGGACAGUAGUUUCUUGGGGAGCUAUAAUUUCGGGUUAUGCACAAAAUGGGCUCUCGAGCGAGGCAUUAGACUUGUUUCGAGCAAUGGAGAGGCCUGAUGAGGUGGCAGUGGUUGCUGCACUCUCAGCCUGUGGGAACUUGGGGGCUCUGGAGAUUGGUAGAGAGAUAAACAAAUACAUAGAUUCAUCAGGAUUUUGCUCGAAUACUAUCGUUUGUAAUGCACUCUUAGACAUGUAUGCAAAAUGUGGAGACAUGGUUGAUGCUCACCGGCUCUUUGAGAAGAUCCCAAAAACAAAUGUGAUCUCUUGGACCACUUUAAUUUCCGGUUAUGCUAAUAAUGGGGCUUGUGAUGAGGCUCUUAGAGUUUUCUUCGACGUGUUAAAAUCGGGUCUUAGGCCAAAUCACAUUUCCUUUCUAGCUGUUCUCUCAGCAUGCACCCAUGCAGGGCGGCUUGAAAAGGCCUUGGAGCUCUUUGGUUUCAUGGCUAUGGAGCAUCGAAUCGCACCCAAGCUGGAACACUAUGCUUGUGUUACCGAUCUUUUGGGGCGUAAGGGUUUGUUGAGGCAAGCCCUUGAUUUAAUUGAAAAGAUGCCUAUGGAACCUGAUGUUGGUAUUUGGGGUGCCUUACUUGGAGCUUGUCAAGUUCAUGGCGAUAUUGAAUUGGGUGAGUAUGUAGCUGAGAGGCUCUUUAAGCUUGAUCCAUCGUCCGCUGUUUCUUAUGUGGUUCUCGCCAAUAUAUAUGCAGCAGGUAGGCAGUGGGGAGAUGUAGCCAAGGUAAGGGCGAUGAUGAAGAGUAGAGGUGCCAAGAAAGUUGCAGGCCAAAGCUUUGUUGAGUUGGCUGGUAAGGUCCAUUCUUUCGCUGCCGAGGACCGUUGCCACCCUGAAGGGGUUGAGAUUUAUAAGGCAGUGAAUAGUUUGACUUUGCAAUUGAAGGAUGCUGGGUUUGAGCAGGGGAUGAGUUGGGUUAUGUUGCAUGAGAUGGAGUAG